UGCAUCGGAGUGGUAGUUGCUUGCGGACGGACUGAGAUACUGUGUUACAUGAGACCCCUACGUGCUCGAAAAAUUGUUCCAAAGUGGUUGAAAAGUGUACCGUUCUUUCACUAAAAUAUCGUUAAUAGUUAGCGGAACGUGUAACGCGUGAAUUGUGAUAACUUUGGUUUGGAAAUUCACAUGGGAAAAGCGUGAAAUUUAGUGAAAAGAAGUCCAAAUUGGUGGAUCUGCUGGGCGAUCGAGGCAAGAAAAACGCACACAGCGUAAGGGUGAUCGUGGAUCGUGAGAAGAACGACACAACUACAACCAGUUACUCUGCGACGGGUCUUAAUGGGGUCCAUACUGCUGUAAGAGGCGGUGUGGCAUGAAUCGUGUGUGAGUGGAUGGACCACCGUUUGUUUAUGUGAAAUUGUUGGAAUUCCUUUGCCCGAUCAUCUAUCUAUAAGGCUUGUAGUGACCCAUGCUGACAACCAUCCCGGUGUGUUGUCAUUUCGCCCAAGCUGGUCUGGUCACUUGAGGAAAUAGUGUGUGUUCGGUUGGGGAAUGCUUCUGUUCCGAAGACGGUGCGUGGAAUAAAGGAAAAUAUUCCGCUCCGGGGAGAGAAGGAAGAAAAUCCACAUUUCUCCUCAUCAUCAGGGCGAGCAACAGUAAUAACAGCGGGUGCGCUCUGUCGCCAAUGUGACCGAUUUAAUCAUUUAUUGUGAAACGAAUUACCGAGCAAUUAGUGGCAGGAAACCGAUGAGAGCCAAUUUAUGCUACAAGUGGUUCGUUAUGUGAAAUCAUUACCCUGAAAGUGUGCAACAUGAUGGUCGAGAUAAGAGAGGGCAUUGUAUGACCCUUUAGUGAAAAACAGUGUUACGAUACUUUCAUUUGCAUGGUGCCAUUUUCCCACACAUAAAUUUAAGUCAUCUGCUGUCUCAAAUGCUGGUGACGACGACGACUACGAGAUCCAAUGUAGCACGACAGCGUGGAGGAACGAAAGUUGCAAGUCAAUGACAAACACCACAGAUCGAGAGAUGAGUUCAUCGACCACGACAGGAGAAUAUUCAGGAAUUGCACCACAAUCUGUCUUAGUCGUUCAAUAGCACCUGAGGCCGCCACCAAGAAGCGAAAAGCUGUAAAAACAUGGCGGAAUUCCUCCCACUCUGUGAUGUGCUGUUCAACGUGAUCUCGCUGGCAGGCUAUUUCUGCGAUGUGGUGUUCGACGUCGUGCUCGGCUACGCCCUGUACGAGAGGCAGAAGUUUGCCCACUUUGCGGCCGUUAUCGUUAUCGUUAGCUUUUCCCUCGUUAUAUCCCAGAUUGUUUCCGUACGAUGGUAUUUGAAUAAGCGAAAACUGAGAGGUUCUACAGUAGCCACCACGGGACCUCCUACGGAUGGUCCCGAUAAUUCUGAGAAUAGUUUAGAGAAGAAGAAAAAGAAGCCGCCGAUAAUGCCGGUCACUAAAGCGACGAAAUACAGUCGCUAUGCCGUACUAGCGCUACACGCCACCCAACUAGGAGUCUUGUGGCGGUAUGCAAAGCUCUUCGUUCCGGUAGACCUGCGCCACGUGAAGCACGAGGUCCGUGAUCUGUGUAUGCUGCGGUUGGUUCAUGCUUUCUGCGAAGCUGCGCCGAUGCUUCUGCUGCAGUUGUACGUGUUGAUCAACUUGCAGACCGAGAACCACCUAAACACGCUGAAGCUUAAGGCUCUGGCCAGUAGUCAUCAUCUGUCCAGUACGGCAUUGGUACAGCAGACAAGUCUUGCCGAGCAGCAGCAGAAAACGUUCCGCGAUCUGAACAUGGUUUCGGCGACGUUAUCGCUGUUCAGUGUCUGCUGGGCUUUGGCUAGCUUUAGCAAAAACGUUCGACUUCAGAACGUGCACCGGCUGGUGCUGACAUGGCUUGGCGUGAUAUUUCAAUUUCUUUGGCGGCUUGGUACAGUAAUUUCGCGAGUUAUAUCGUUGACCGUCUAUGCAUCGGUAUACAGCCAUUGGGUUUUCCUCGUUAUAAUCCUUCAUUGGUUCUCGAUGUUCCUGUGGCUCAUCUCGCCAAAAAAUGUGUUCCAUGGAGAGCGAAUUUCAAGACUGAAGAAAGCCAUGCUCGGAGGGUUGAUUGCCUUCGUCUACAUCUUUGCCUACAUAAACCUACAAGAAGUGAAGCAUCGGCAAAAAAUGUUAACCUUUUACGUGGUGAUGCUCAUGGAAAACUGCCUGUUAGUUUGCCUUUGGAUGGUUGGUAUAUGGCAUAACCGUCCCGAAGGAUGGUACACCAUUCCAAUAUCGGUGCUAAGUAGCUUCAGUAUUGGGUUGUUCUUCAUGAUAGUGUACUAUCGGUAUUUUCACGUAAGACGCCUGGGAUAUGAAGCUGGUGGGCGGGCUCCUUGUGUAGAAGGUGCCAAUAAAUGUGGCCAUUGUACUGAAUCGUGCCGUUGUCCACAGAACGUGGAACAUGUUGAGAUUAGUAAAUUUACGGGAGGCUGUGGCAGCCAAAAGUAUCCUCAUGCCAUACCGGGUGUUUUUAAUUGCCGGUUUUCCAAUCCUGUGAAUGCUGCAACCAAAAGAAAAAAGAAGAAACCCACCACAUUUAUACCGCCUCCGAAUCUCUCCAUGCAACCCAACAAUAAUGAUCCAGGAACACCCAUUGGCCCCAUGGCAAUACCGUUCUGGAGAAGACCAUUGCCACGAUCGCACACUGGAGGAUCGAGUGAAAAUGAGGGUAGCAGUGUGGGAUCACGAGUGAACAUCCAGCAGAAAUUGCAGGAGAAGAAACAAAAGCAGUUGGCGGAAUUGAAGAUUAUCGAGGAGGAAAUCAAACAGGGCAAGCUCGGGGGACCUGGAACGGGCACCCUUAGUUCAGGAGACGAUGCCAAAGCCACUCUCCCGAGGCAACCGAUUCCUCGGGUCAAGAAACACAUCGAUAUUGACCCAUUGGAUUGGCGACCUUCGAGUCCGGAUAUGGCGGAAAUGGUCGUCGAAAAGUCCUUCAAUGAUCUCAACCUGCUGCUGGCAGCUAACCUAGACGAUGUAAAUAAUUUAAAUAAAUUUAAUUCUAACUACGAUCCCAUCUACAACAGCUUCGGACUGAACGGAAUCAACAUUUCCGCAUUAGUAACUAUGAAAAAUGCUGAAAGUCAACAAGCAACGGCCAAUAUUAGGAACAUGUCUCCCAUUUCCUCUCAAAUCUCUGCAACGGAAAGCAACUCACUUACUCGCCAAGUUCACCCGCGAACUAAAAUGCUGCCAAACAACGUGCCAAGAAAUCCGUUUGCCGAAAACUACAGAGGGGGGAACUUUGUAAAUUUGUAUGCCGAGGCUGCGGCCAACGGUCAUCGACCACCGUCGAUCAGCCCGCGUAACGCAGAUGUAACGACAGCGAACCGUGCCGUACUAUACGAUAAUCACAGUCGACUCUACAUGGAUGCUAAUCAUCCAAGGCAGGUAUCCGGUACUUAUAGCAGCAUGGAAAACGCUGGUACCGAAAAUCUACCAUUCCCGUACAACGUGGUUCCUCCACCGCGAAGCAAGCUGGACAGUCGUGCAACGCCCACGAUGCACAACAACAAUAGUGCCACCAAUACGGGGAGCAGCAGUGGGCACAACAACAAUAGCAGUAGCACCAGCAAUAAUGUGCUUCCGUCGACGGCGAUCAACAACCUGAACAACACCAAACGGCAGAUGCAGCGUGCCAACACUCCGGAGAUUCUUCUGGCACCGCACUAUCUGGAGAACUCUCGCAUCUACUACGACUGGGUGGCACGGGAGGCAGCCAACCUCAGAAUCCAAGAGACAGAGAGAAACCAUUCGGUCGUGAGCAGCGGAGAUGAAAACCUGGACAAUGUGGAUGACGGUCAUAAUGGCCAUCGGAUACCAUCAGAUAUCGAUAGUCAGGUAUCGCUUCCCCGGUCCUACACGUUGCCACGGGAGUUCAAGUACUACCGCCGGAACAAAGGUCGUAAGACGAUCAAAAACGAACACUUCAUCGCCAGUACCAAUAGCAGCGAUGGGGACGUCGACAGUGGUGACGACAACGAGUCCGAACACCAUUCGAACAUCUCCAACAAUUCGCAGCAGCGGCUGAAGAACGCCACCCCGAGCUCGAACAUCGGCGCAGGAACGCAACGGUUGAACAACCUGAACAAGAACUCUGCCGCCGUUCAUUACGGACAGAACAUUUCCCCCAGUGCAACAAUGCUGGCAAAUGCAGGCGGUGGCCCAUCGGUGUUGGUCAGUUCUAGGCAAGUGUUGAAUGCCACACCCCAGAGCAUGCACAUGGUCAACGGGUACGACAGCAACCUGAUGCCCAAUAGUGUCAAACAGGUCCAUAGCUUGGAUCUGAUCAAUGGGGUCGAUAGCGCCGUGGGAGGUGGACCCAAUAGUGGACCUGUAUCUUACAAUAGCAGACCAAUGCGGUUGCGGAUGUAUAACACGAAAAAUGGCAUGGUUCGACACGAAACUAAGUUAUGAUUCAUGUACUAAACCAGUAAAUAGAUAAUUUAUCUAGCGUAUUUUAAUUAGAUAGAAUGGUUUUUAUUGAUGAACAAAAAUCUAGCGAAAGCGAAACUUAUUUUGAUGAAUAUUCAAUACCUUCUUGUGAUAUAAUUUUAAUGUUUUUCAUAUUGAAGAGUCGUUGCUUCGGCGAAACACGAGAAAGCGAUACAAAAGAAAGACUGGCGCUUUAAAAUAACUUUUGAUUUUUUAUAUGUGAAUAGUUUUAACACCGUAACUCGAAUAGAAAUGUUAUUUACUUCAUUACAGAAACCCUAGGUAAUUACUUAUGACUCAUAUAACGUGUAAGUUGCUUAGAAAUGCAUUUUUAAUAAAAAUAAAAA